AUGCCUACAACUCGGCGUCGCCUCGGGAGCGGCUCCACUGGCGAAAUGCUCAGCAAGGAACAACGCAACCAAGCUCUCCAAUCUGCAAAGGCCAUUCUUGACGACGUCGCUGUCGGCUGGGAAUACAGCCUCCCUCCCAAGAAGACAAAGCUUCUCGAUAUCGGUCGGCGAGAGGGGAGUCUGGGCGCCUGGCGACCAAGCGGGCUCUCUGCGCAGGAGGUCACUGACGAGGACGACGACUCGGACAUGGAUAUAGAUAUGGACGACGAUGAUGAUGAUGACGAUGAUGACGACGACCCCCACCACUACUCCCGUCCUGCUGGUACUAAUGGCGGGGGUGCCACCCUCGGGGGUGUCGGUCGCAGCAGCAGCUACCGUCGUGCGACUACUCCACCCCCUGUCAAUAAGAGACGUAAACCCAAGAAGAAAAAUCAGCAGCAGCGCGAGGGUGUCUGGGUUUCCCGCGAAGACGAUAGCGACUUCGAGAUCGAUGUGGGGUCCACGGAUAAGAAGGAAGAUGAGUACAUGUGGGAGAGCCCUGACGAUGUCCCUACCGCCGACAAGAUCAGGGAGCGCCACCGCCAGGCACUGGAGGCGGAUAUGGAGUGGAAUUUUGGGCUAAAGCUCUGGACCCACCGUCGCGAUGCGUGGACUGGGGCCACCGAGGAUGGUGAAGUACGAGUCUGCGAGAGCCGUUUUAAAGACAACCCGCUCCACGCCCUCAUUGGCCCCGCAUCCUACGACCAGAUCUACACAAAGGUCUGCCUCGGCGGCGCACAGCCCCCCAUUCCCAUAAAUUUGAGGCAUCUCUGCACUGCGCUCGUCGAAGGCUGGAAGCGCGACGAUCAGUGGCCACCAAAGCCGAGCAGGCCCGAGCCAAGUUUUACCCGGAAAAAGAAUACGGAGGCGGCAGUCACGGCGAAUGCGGGUACGAUGGGCACGCAGCCGGGAAAAAUCAAAAAAAUGUUAAAUUUUUAG